AUGUCACCAAAUUUAACAGUGUUUACAUUUGUGUUCACGAUCUUUUCUACAGCACUGGCGAAUUCGAAAUUCUCCUAUGAGCGCGGCAAUUGUGAUAUUUUAGUAUCGAGCGCUAUACGCGAGAUUUUAAUGAAUGAAAUGCGCGCACAGCUGGAUCCUUCGUGGCGUGCGUCGCGCAUCAAACGCGUACGUUACGAGCUCUACACGCCACAGAAUCCUUAUAAGGCGCAAGUUUUGCAGCCAGGCGAUGCUAAUGUGCUGCGUGCGUCGUUCUUCAAUGCAAAAUUGCCGGUUAGAAUAUCCAUACACGGUUGGACCGGCAAGAGCACCUCCUGUUCGAAUGCAGCCAUCAAGGAUGCCUACUUAGCGGCGGGCAAGUUCAAUGUAAUAAUGCUGGAUUGGAGUGCCAUAUCGAUGGAUAUUAGCUAUGGACGCAUUAGUCGUCAAUUGUAUGAAAUCGCCACAAAUUUGCUAGAAUUCACACAAUUUUUGCAUCUAGUAAGUGGCGUCCCCUACGAAAGCAUUUAUUUGGUGGGUCAUAGCGCCGGAGCGCAUAUUGCUGGCCUAGCGGGUAAACAAUUGCGACCGCAACGUUACGGUGCCAUCUAUGCGCUUGACCCGGCCGGCCUUGUGCAGUUGCCGCUCGGCGAAGAUAAACGUUUGGCACCGAACGAUGCCAUCUACACGGAAUCCAUACACACGGACAUCGCGCUGCUGGGCAAUCCGAGCACGAAACUAACACAGGCGGCAUUCUUUGUCAAUUGGGGUCUAGGCCAGCCACACUGUCCGAAUGCGACGGCGGCUGAAUUUGAUUUCGCAUGCGAUCAUUUUGCGGCCUUGUAUUACUUUGCGGAAUCGUUGCGACAGCCACGCGCCUUCGGUGCCACACAGUGCAGACGAUGCAAUGGCUGCAGUCUGUUCAGCAAUAGUCGUAUUCUGCUGGACGAAUGGGAUUGUGGCUGCACAAAUGCCGCCAAGACAGGUGAAUGCCCGAUGACCGUAUUUAUGGGAGGUGAACCGGCUGUGCCAAAAAACGGCACCUUCUAUCUGAGCACGCGUUCUAAGCCGCAGCCAUUUGGCUACGGCGAAACGGUGCGCAUUAAACGCGCUGGCCCGGCCAAAUACUUGCACAGCAGCUUUUUGAGUAAUAAAUUCGUCGGCAAUCUGUUGACGAAAUGGCACAACUGAGCGUAACGGCGGGCAAUUAGUAAGCAAAAUCAGCGGCAGGCAAUAGAUUGCUAGUGAUAUGUAUGCAAAAGCUGUUUGUGUGGUAGUGUGAAGUUGUCAGUUAAUGGAGUUAAGAUUGCGUGCAAAAGA